AAUUAUUUUUUUUUUUUUUUACAUAUACGUGAUCUGAAAGGCUCUUUUCCGCUCGUUGUUGCAGAGCAGCCAGCUAGCAGCAGUUAGCAUCUUACGUUUCUAGACUCAGCGGUUGUUCCUGUCCAGGUAACGUUAGACAACCACCUUCAACAUGUCAGACACAGUCGGAGAGGGGAAGUUGGAGGUGAAGCAGGCGAGCAAAGAGGUGAAGGAGAGCGAAAACGUAGCGGAAAAAUAUUCAGCCAUGACCGUAAGCAAGAAUAGCGAAUUGAACAUGGGAGAGCUGUCAUCCGCCUUCAGCGCUGUGCCCACGCAUAAACCAGUGAAAAAGGUAAGACUUCAGCGAAGUCGUCAGGAGUUCAGCAGUUCCCCCACCAAGGCGGGCCGUCGCUCCUUGUCCCGCUCCAUCUCUCAGUCAUCCACAGACAGCUACAGCUCUGCUGCAUCAUAUACAGAUAGCUCUGAUGAUGAGACUUCACCACGGGAGAAAACCCAGGUCAACUCCAAUGGCAGCACUGACUUCUGUGUCAAGAACAUCAAGCAGGCUGAAUUUGGCAGACGUGAGAUUGAGAUUGCAGAACAAGAUAUGUCGGCGCUGCUUUCACUCAGGAAGAGAGCACAGAGUGAGAAACCAUUGGCAGGUGCCAAAAUUGUGGGCUGCACUCACAUCACUGCCCAGACUGCAGUGCUGAUUGAAACUCUGGUGGCCCUGGGGGCUCAGUGCCGCUGGACUGCCUGUAACAUAUACUCUACACAGAAUGAAGUGGCUGCUGCCCUGUCAGAAACAGGUGUGGCUGUUUUUGCCUGGAAGGGGGAGUCCGAGGACGAUUUCUGGUGGUGCAUUGACCGCUGUGUCAACACUGAGGGCUGGCAGCCUAAUAUGAUCCUUGAUGAUGGAGGAGACUUGACACAUUGGAUGUACAAGAAAUACCCUAAUGUAUUCAAGAAGAUCAGGGGCAUCGUAGAGGAGAGUGUCACUGGGGUACACAGGUUGUAUCAGCUGUCUAAAGCGGGAAAGCUCUGUGUGCCUGCAAUUAAUGUAAAUGACUCUGUGACAAAGCAGAAGUUUGACAACCUGUACUGCUGCAGAGAAUCAAUCCUGGACGGCUUGAAGAGAACCACAGAUGUGAUGUUUGGAGGCAAACAGGUGGUCAUUUGUGGGUACGGUGAGGUUGGAAAAGGCUGCUGUGCUGCUCUGAAAGCUCUGGGAGCCGUUGUCUAUGUUACAGAGAUUGAUCCCAUCUGCGCCCUACAGGCCUGCAUGGAUGGAUUCAGGGUGGUCAAGCUGAAUGAGAUCAUUCGCCUUGUUGAUGUCAUCAUCACAUGCACUGGGAACAAGAAUGUGGUGACCAGGGAUCAGCUGGACCGAAUGAAAAAUGGCUCCAUUGUCUGCAACAUGGGCCACUCCAAUACUGAGAUUGACGUAGCAAGUCUUCGGACCCCUGAGCUGACCUGGGAGAGAGUGCGCUCUCAGGUGGAUCACAUCAUUUGGCCCGAUGGGAAGAGAGUUAUACUUCUAGCUGAGGGACGUCUCCUUAACCUCAGCUGCUCCACUGUCCCAACCUUUGUCUUGUCCAUCACAGCCACUACUCAGGCCCUGGCUCUCAUAGAGUUGUACAAUGCUCCCGAGGGUCGAUACAAUCAGGAUGUUUACCUACUUCCCAAGAAGAUGGAUGAAUAUGUUGCCAGUCUCCAUCUGGCUACCUUUGAUGCCCAUCUGACAGAGCUUACUGAUGAGCAGGCAAAAUACCUGGGCCUCAACAAGAACGGACCUUUUAAACCCAACUACUACAGGUACAAGGCUUCAAAAAGUUUUUUAUGUAAAAUAUAGUUAUUAUCAGUUAAU